AGAAAUAGCAGGCGUGCGUUCAGAGUCUAUGUAUGUGCCACAACAAAUCAAAGCACUGCAGCUGUGGUACACUAUAGAAAGUCGACAUCCUGGAUUGGCAGAUAUCAGAAACCAAGUGAUAUUUGCUAUUCGCCAACAAUAUGUCGAGCUUGGAGAUCAAGUCCUCCUGCUUCAGCCCGGAGAAGAAAUUGCCAUUAUCCCCCCCAUUAGUGGAGGGUAGCGCCUUUGAGCCACUUGAGAAAGCUGCGAAUGAAAUUGAAGAGAAAGCUGAAGAUACCAUAGAAUUCACUGCCAAGAGGCUUUCCAUUGAUGAAGUGUCACAGUUGGUGGCUUCUCCCUCCUGUGGUGCCAUCUCCCUCUUUGUCGGAACCACAAGAAAUCACUUUGAAGGGAAAAGGGUCGUCAGCUUAGAAUAUGAAGCCUACCUGCCUAUGGCAGAGAAGGAAGUCAGGACAAUCUGUGCAGACAUCCGGCAGAAAUGGCCAGUCCGCCACAUAGCGGUGUUCCACAGGCUCGGCUUGGUGCCGGUGUCAGAAGCCAGCAUAAUCAUUGCUGUGUCCUCAGCGCACAGGGCGGCAUCCCUGGAAGCUGUGAGCUACGCCAUCGAUGCUUUAAAAGCCAAGGUUCCUAUUUGGAAAAAGGAAAUGUACGGAGAGUCAUCCUCCUCUUGGAAAGGAAACAAAGAAUGCUUUUGGGCCACCAGUGAUUAAAAUGCAUCUAGUUUUAGAGCCCCGAAUUUUUAAUUUGGUAGGCUGUUGCCCCAUUUUUAAUUUUCUUCUCAACAGUUUCCUGUACUGAUGUACAAUAUCUUACUUGUCACCGGUAAGACAAAAAUGAGGGGGGAUAAAGUGAUCCAAGUCAGUGUGUCAGCUGAGGGCUGCAGGGAGGGGCCUUCAGAAAGUCUGGGGGGCAAUUCCAUUUACCUUUUCAUUUCAUUUUAUUCCAUGACCAUUUUGAAGCCCCUUCGUCUAAGAACUAGGAAGGGCUCCAAAGAUGGAAAGGGGAUAAUUUCAAUGAGAAGAAGAGUACUUUGGUUGGGCACUAAGUUCCGAUUGUCACCCGGCCCAUGCAGACACAUGGCCUUCACCGGCUGCAGCUCUCUCAGAGAAAGCCGCCCUCCACCUUUCCCUCUUCUCACCCCAGGGAGGACCCUGUGAUCAGCGAUGUAUAAUAUGAACGUUGGCAGACCUGGAAUGAAUGACAGUCCAGUACCAGAGAGUAUCCAUAUCUGUUUCUCAGAACAUACAUAUUUAACCUGUGAACUGAAGCCUAAUAAACAUGUAAUCGAAGGAAA